AUGAAGUUCCUUUACCUGCUCUUUUCUCUCCUCCUCUUGGCUUCUCCAGGUUUUUCUUUACCCCGUCGGGACAUGCUUUUCUGUAGACAUGGCUCCUGCUACUUUGGACAAUGUCCCAUCCAUCUUGUUAAAGUUGGAAGUUGCUUUGGGUUCCGUAGCUGCUGCAAACC